UACAAAAUAGAGCGCACACUCCUUUAUUUAUUAUACGGAAAUUAUAGUGGCCGACAGAAAAUCUAGGCGGUUCUGCUGUAAAAGCGUUUAGUGAGGUGAGGUAAAAGUUUAACUUACAUUUAGAAAUAUGUCUGAACUCAGCCCCUUGAAAAAACCGCAAAUGCGAAGCUUGUUACAUCAGCAAAUCAAAAAGAAUUUGGCGUUAGUGGGUAUUUCUGUACUGGCGGCAGGAAUAUAUAUGAGAUUUAUCUUUGGCGAUGGAAGAAAGCAAAAAUAUGCCGAUUUUUACAAGACAUACGACAUUGAAAAAGAAUUUGAGCGCCAAAGAAAGAAGGGUCUUUUUGAUUCUUGCGAUACUAAAUGAACUUAUCAUAUAAAAUAUUAACUGUUGUAGUUGAUUUUUUAGUACCUACCUACUUAGCAGUAUUUUUAUUAAAAGUUAUAAUAAAUGAAACCAAAAGUAUAAAAAUAUAAUUGAUUGUAUAUUGAAAUGUAUGCUUAUAAAAAUAAAGUUUCUGUAUAAAGUUCAAUACCUACAUAACAUAACAAUCCCACCAUCCCAAACUUAUUCGUACUCCUUAACAAUUAGAUCCCCGAUCAACAACCUCUGAAUAUCAUUGAUCCCGGCAUAAAUCUCGGUGAUCCUGGCAUCCCUGUAAUGCCUCUCGGCCGGCAUAUCGCUGACGUAACCCAUGCCUCCCAAAAUCUGGAUGGCGCUGUGCGAAACAAAGGUGGCCGCCUCGCUCGCGGCCAACUUCGCCAU